GUUUAUCACAGUUGUGACUAUAAUUAAGUGAGAGCUGAGAUUGAUCUUGGAAGAUUAAACCAUGCAUACCACAAUUUCAUUAAAUGUCGAAGGCCAGCAAUACAAUGGCAGGGUUACCAUAAUCAUUGUUUUGUCAAGCUUUAUGGUUGCCACAGGAGGAUUUAUCUUAGGUUAUGAUAUUGGAAUUUCAGGUGGAGUAACAUCCAUGACACCAUUUCUCAACAAGUUCUUCCCAGAUGUAUACAAAAGGAUGCAAGAAGACACACGUGUUAGCAAUUACUGCAAAUUUAAUAGCCAGCUUUUAACCUUAUUUACCUCUUCAAUGUACCUAGCUGGUGUAAUUGCUUCCUUUUUUGCGUCGCUGGUAACUAAAGUCUUUGGACGCAAGCCAUCAAUUCUUGUGGGAGGAGUUGCAUUUCUCACCGGUUCAGCUCUUCAAGGUGCAGCUUCAAACCUUUACAUGCUGAUAUUUGGUCGUGUCUUGCUCGGUGUAGGGCUUGGAUUUACAAAUCAGUCAAUCCCACUAUACAUCUCUGAAAUGGCAUUACCCAGACACAGAGGAAAAACGAAUGUUUUCUUUGCAUUAGGCGCUGUUGUUGGCUCGCUUGUGGCUAACAUUACCAAUUUUGGCACUGAAAAGAUAAAUGGCGGUUGGGGUUGGCGUCUCUCCUUAUCUAUGACAGCUGUCCCUGCUGCAAUUCUUAUACUAUGUACACUCUUUCUUCCAGAAACACCCAACAGUCUGAUACUAAGCAGUAAGAAUCACCAGAAAGCCAAACAUGUGCUAGAGCGCGUACGAGGCACAAGUGAUGUCCAAGUAGAAUUUGAUGAUCUCAUAAAUGCAAGCUCAGCCUCUAAAGCAACCGACAACCUAUUGAGGAAGAUCGGGCAACGAAAGUACAGGCCUCAACUUGUAAUGGCAGUGGCUAUUCCUUUUUUCCAACUGAUGACUGGUAUCGAUAUCAUUUCAUUCUACUCUCCCAUACUGUUCCGGACAAUUGGCAUGGGAGAAGCUGCUUCACUCCUGUUUGCAUUUUUGAUUCGCCUUGUGAGUAGUAUCUUUAUAAUCACAAUGAUGUUUGUGGUAGAUAAAAUUGGCCGAAGGAUUAUUUUCAUGAUUGGGGGAACUCAAAUGUUUCUGUCACUAAUUGCACUUGGGGCAAUAUUUACGGCUCUGUUUGGGGAUUAUGGUGGGCUUGCAAAAGGUUAUGCUUACUUGAUUUUAGUUCUUGUGUGUUUAUAUGUUUCUGGGUUCUAUCUAUCAUGGGGUCCAUUGGGAUUUUUAGUGCCUAGUGAGAUUUAUCCUCUAGAAAUUCGAUCAGCCGGGCAAAGUAUCACAGCUUCGGUAUUCUCUCUCUUAAAUUUUAUAAUCGGACAAACUUUUCUUGCCAUGCUUUGCCACUUCAAGUCAGGGGUUUUCUUCUUUUUGGCUGGAUGGUUGGCUGUGAUGACUGCAUUUGUGCAUUUCCUUUUACCGGAGACUAAGAAGGUCCCUAUUGAGAAGAUGGAGCUAGUCUGGAGGGAGCACUGGUUUUGGAAAAGAUUUGCAGGUGAAGUGGAUGAGGACUGAGAAAGUGUAAGUUACAAGAUGCAUAAUAUCUAGUUUGCAUUCAAUUCUACGUUGUGUUCAAUUAGUAGCUGAGCAAACACUGUUCUUGUUGUUGUUGCAUCUGGACAUAGCAGCAAUAUCUGUAAUCAGAGACAUAAAUGAUCCUCAUUGGAAGAUGAUGUAGCUUGUUGUUUGUACUUGGUUUGAAUCUGUUUUUUUCUUUUAAGUUGAAUAGAAGCACCUUCAAAGC